AUCGCAGGCCGCGAUCUGUCGCUCAAAGACAGCUUGGGCUCGGCUUCAUAUACAACGCGCCAUCAAAAAAUUGCUCCACCAUAUCCAAAUAGUCCUUUUUGCAUCUUCCUCGUCUUAUUUUCAUCCUUCUCAUCACCCUUUCAUCGCGCUAUUCGCUGUCUGUCGCUCCAAACCCCUCCUUCUCUCUCCACUCUCGACGCGGUCAUACCCAACCGCAUCAAACCGCCACAAUGAGCAAUCGCAAACGAUCGCGAUCAGUCGGGGAGGAGAAUCGCGCAGAGUGUCCAUUUCUAAUUACUUACACGAAUAAUCCAUCGCGCGCAGAACAGGAACGCCACAAAAACAAAAAGCGGAAGCGCGACGGUCAAGAUGACGACAAACGAGUUCAAAUUCAAAUUUCUCCCUUUUCUCCAACAGGCACCUUCAAGACCCAUGACACCAUGGACUUGUAUUACACAGUCGAGCCUGGGAAGCGAUGGCAAGACAUGACGCGAUACAACAGCUUCGUCCUUAAUAGCAUCAAGUACUACAGCGAAGGUUUCGUCUAUGUUGCCAACGAGUCAACCGUCGAGCACCAAAAGGCUCAGAAUGAAAGCAAUGGCGCCUAUAAAAAAGACAGUAGAGAAGAAUCGUGGGUAGCGCGCAUCCUUGAGAUCCGAGCUUCCGACGAGCACCAUGUCUAUGCACGCGUUUACUGGAUGUACUGGCCUGAUGAGCUGCCUCCUGGUACCGUUGACGGCAAGAAGUCCGUGCAGGGUCGCCAGCCAUACCAUGGACACAACGAGCUAAUCGCAUCCAACCACAUGGAUAUUAUCAAUGUUGUCAGUGUAACAGCACCCGCAUCAGUUAACCAGUGGAUUGAGGCCGACGACGAGGAGAUCCAAGACGCGCUAUAUUGGCGACAAGCGUACGACUUCCGUAACUCACAGCUUUCGUCGGUUGAUAUAAUGUGCAAAUGUCAAACCCCCGCAAAUCCCGAUAAGACUCUCAUAGGAUGUACGAGUUCGGAGUGCGGCCAAUGGAUGCAUCGCGAAUGCCUGGCCCAUAACGUACUCAUGCAAGUUUAUGAACGCCUAGGCACCGAUAAGCCUCACCGGACCGAGGGAGCGGCUGUCAAGGAAGAAAAGCCCGAAGAAGCAACACGUCCCCUGUCGCCUACCGAUGCCGAGGAGAAAGAGACCCAGCCAACGAUCGAUGUCCGCUCUGGAGAAACACAAGAUAAUGUUCACGUCAGGAAGGGCAUCCGCGAAACAACCAGAGACACCGAAACCCCAACACCCGGACCAACAGCAUCGCGAACUAUCGCCGCAGCGUCGACCAAAGGCUCGGCCAAGAAGGGUCGCAAGAAGAAGGCUGCAGACCAUAAGCCUUACUUAGGACUCUUUGAGGCCAGCCUCAAAAUGCAAGACGGUCCCACAUUUUGGGAAAUUCGUGAUUUGCGCGAGAAUGUGACGGGCGGCGACAAGACCUGGACUGAGAAAGCUUACUGUCUGAUAUGUGGCAACUGUAUUGAAUGAAUAUUCAACAGCAACAACACUACGUAACUACACAAAGCCUGCUCCGGUCAGCAGGCUCAUCGAGUCUCGAAAGGCGCGGCUCUCUUUCGCGCAGGUCAGCGAGUCGGCUUUACGCAGCUUGUUGGCAACCUUGAACCCCAACCUGGCCAGCUCGACUCAGCUGCCUACUCGAUAAGGCUUAUUGGAAUGACGAAUGGCUUCAGUUUCUUUUGUCAAAAUUUCGAGGUCACUUAGGCGAUUCGCCCAACUGGUGGAUUUUCCGGGCGCGGCGUUGGAGGCGAAAUUGGCUGUAUCGUGGGUUGAGAAGGUGGUUCGGUCUGGAACUUACGAGAGGCGAGGGGGAUACGUACUCUAUUUCUUGCACGGGGUUCUGUUAGGCGACGCAAGAGGAACUACUAUUCAUAUGGGUUACUGGACUAUCUGCAGGAACUAGACCGGACACGUUGGGAUAACGCGAUGGAUGUAUUAGGGAUUGGUCAGAUGGUUGAGCAAGCGACAGGUUGACUCGCCUUUACUGAUCAUCAACCGUCUAGCAUUGUAGUACUUUUCUUGGCUACGUAUCAUCGACGGUUUGAUAUUUUCAUUUUUCUAAGAAUGAGGCUUUAUUUUGAUUUAAUCGAUUUCCAUUUCCUUAAUAUUCGUGCUAAAUACCUCGUCUUAUUCCGUUCUUGAAUUUUCAACAAGCCUCUUGGUAUGAUGGAUUGUGGUAUUUGUUUCC